AUGGAAGGAGGUUGUUGUUUUCUAAUUGAAAAUAAGAAAAUACAUAGUAAAUUGUGGGUGCCUGUUUAAUUAAUGUAAUUUCAAAACUAAUUGUAAUUAAGUGCUGUCUAACCCAUGCAUGAUAAAUAGGUUUUGUCUGUCCUGGAUGUAGUUUGUGUCUUAUUGUUUUGGUCGCCGUCUCGUAUAUUGAUUUAUAGUAAGCUACUGACCUAGCUUUGCGAGAGAAGAUUCAUGAUUUAAAUAAUAAUAAAUGAAACUGCGCUUAAUGUACAUUUAAAUACUGGAGAUACCACGAUAUUAAUUAUUGUAGGUCAUGCACUGUCUAAUUAAUGUGUAGUUUAAACAAUAUUUCAAGAGUCGUAAAUUAUUUAAAGUGAUUAUCGUAAUGGUCUUUAGUUCACAAUGAUGACGCCUAUAGAGGAGAAGAAAGAUGAUAAGAUCCGCACAGGCAUGGUGCAGGUAUCGGACGGCAAGUCCCGUCCGAUGCCGGCGCGACUGGUGCUCACGAUGGAGGCGGUGACGGUGCAGCGUGAGAUCAUUGUCCCUCCGCAACCGCGUGACCCAAGAGUCCCACAUACUAGGGAGCGGAUGGUUCAAAUAACACGUCAAAAGGUUGGUGGGUUAGGACUAAGUAUAAAAGGCGGCGCCGAACACAAGCUGCCUAUCCUUAUUUCCAAGAUAUAUAAGGAUCAGGCGGCGGACCAGACGGGACAACUCUUUGUAGGCGAUGCAGUCAUUAAAGUUAACGGUGAAUACAUAACGGCUUGUAACCAUGACGACGCCGUUAACAUACUACGAAACGCCGGGGAUAUUGUCGUUCUAACUGUCAAGCACUAUCGGGCUGCUACUCCCUUCUUACAGAAACAGGCUGAAAUAGCAUCCGAUACGGACAGUAGUACAGGAGAUGAUCACCCUUCACUCCAUGGAAAAGUUGACGAUAAUUGUAACUCUGAGAAGACCGAAACUAACGGGGGUUGGCAGAGUGCAUGGGGUGACUCUCAAGAUGCGCAAUCAAGGCCUUCCUCAGUUGCCUCCGAUCGUCUCCCAGAGGGAACUAGGGAGUGGGUUGAUGUUGUUUCAGUACCGCUAAUGAUGGGUUACGUGACCCGAUACGUUUUAGGAACAGACAAACUAAGACCUGGAGCUUUUGAAGUAAGAGGUGCGCGUACGCAUGUUACGACAGGCGUCGUGCACGUAGAAGAGCCUGCCGCACUCUCACACUGGCUUAAAAGCAUAUCUGACAAUAUUAUGGGACUUACCAAUUUGCAGAUGAAGCUGUUUAACCGCCAUCUAGCGAGCGGUGAGCGCAUCGAAUACAUGGGAUGGGUUCAAGAAGGUGAAGUUUGUGGGGGACAACCUUGGCAGACUUACCGCCCAAAAUUUCUUAUUCUGAAAGGGACGGAUGUAAUGCUCUUUGAUACGCCACCAACGAAUAUAACGGAACUAGCCAAAUGUCCGGAGACGCUAAAGGUGUACCAGACAAUGUUUCGAACGGUCAAAGAGAGUGAGACAGUGGACUGGAGGCAGCACUGCUUCUUGGUCCAGAGCUCAGCCCCGGGGCCCGCCCCAACUGGUCCUAGAUACUUCAGUACUGAGACGAGGCAGGAAUUGCUACGCGUGGAAGCUGCGUGGACCGCGAACAUUGUCAACUCGGUUAUACGACUUGGGAAAAAGACCUUCACGGUAGUGCAUAUGGGUCGCGCGGCUGGGCUAACCUUAGACUGGUCAAGUGGAUUCUCUUUAAGCGAAGGCACUCCUGGUGCUCCACCUGUUUGGUCGUACAGAUUUUCACAACUAAGAGGCUCUAGUGAUGACGGAAAAUCUAAGUUAAAGUUACAUUUUCAAGACACCGAAACAAAAGUCAUUGAAACUAAGGAACUAGAAUGCCAGAUCCUUCAAAGUCUUCUCUUCUGUAUGCACGCGUUCUUAACGGCGAAGGUGGCUUCUGUGGACCCCGCCUUUCUCGCUUCCAUACAACACUCUAAUUAAAAACUUUCACAAAAAAUAGCCUAGACAUAAAACUGGAGUAAAGUUGAAAAGGAAAACGGAUAGGCCGCCCGUCUUAUCACAGCGUCGCGUGUCUUACAUUAAACGUUGAAGAAAUACGUGUUCGUUCGUACGCCGAACGUACGUUUUAGUGGACAAUGCUCGUACCCUGCGUACAUAGUAUACAAAAUGAUAUUCGAUAGCACUUUUCUUCACUAUUCUAAAUGUCACUUUUUUAUACAAAUAAACCCGUUUGACCGUUAAAAUAUUAAAAUAACUGCAAUCGUGAAAUUGCUAUAAACAAUAAGAAUUUAAUAUGCGCAUUUUAUAUAAGAAAUAAUAUCGAUUCGGAAUAUUGACAUUUGACAAUAAUUUGAUAUCGAUUUGUCAUUUAAAUGUAAUGUCAUUCAUUAUUUGAAUUCGAAAUGAUAAUGACAUAGUUCCAUUAACAAUGUUAUAAACAUAAAAAUAGUGAUUCCUUGUGAAAAAUUUAAAUACGAGUCUCAAAUAGUACAUUUUGAAACAUCGAAAACAAAUAAUAUUAACCAAUUCUAUUACCCUUUGCAAUACAAUGUAAAAAACUAUAUUUAACGAUACUCAAGGGACUUUUUUGACGUUACCAAGAGUUGUUUAAUGUAAAGAAGAAAAAUCUGUAUUGGAAAAAUACAGAAAUGACAUAAAACACAAUUCUAAUUAUAACGCUAUUGCGUAUCGUCUGUUAUUUUCGCCUGAGCCCUUUCGAUACACCAAAAAUUAUGUUGUAUAUUAUUCAUAUCUUGCAAUAUCAUCAUCGUGAUAAAUCACGCUCAAACAAUCCCAAUUUGUAAACAACUCGGACUUAACACUGUAUUGCCAGAUACUUUCCAAUUGACUAUGGAUACUCUACCAUGGCUUUGACAGUAUAUCAGACGCCAGUUUGAAUGGUUAGAAUAAUGCCCUGAUAAAAUAUAACAGGACCCACUUACCAGCCUAUCCAAAAUGUUUCAUUUAAAUAUGAGAAAAUAUAGUUCUGGGCGGUUACCGACUAUAAGCUCGUUUGGAAGCGCACGUAGGCACGUAUAAGAGCGCCUUUUCGCAUACGUGCAACUCGUACGAGCGUUGACGCGCUCGAAUAAGUUCGCAGUUCUGGGUACUAUUAACACUAGAUACUAUUAAAGUGACUUGUUUUCUAUCUUCAUGCAAAUAGCAAUGUUUCUUCAUUAGAACCCAUGUCGAUACUGAUACGACGCCACUACAGGUUCGAGCGAACACGCCGAAAUAUGCCAGAUUACGCGUGUCCAGUUUAUUAAAGCACGUAUUCAGCGCGCGUGUAAUCUCGUAUGGUGAUAUGACCGUAUACGCCCAGAAAAUUACACUAGUCUCUAAUAGCUCUUAACGAUAUUUUUCAUAUUUAAAUUAAAAUAUUUCAGGUGGGUCUUGUAAUAUUUUAUGCGGUUCGUUCAAUGUCAUGUUAAACUCAUGGUAGAUUUCCAGUGGUUCAAAGAGAAAUAAAAAUCUCGAAAUUACUGAGUUACAAGUAUUAAAAGUUGAGUAAUGGUAUUUUUACCUCAAUUUCCUAUAUUUGCUUCGGCGUUUUUUGCUAUCAGUUUUGGCACUAAUUAAACAUAUUUGCCCGUACGAUGGCAACAUUACACGAAAUGUCAUUAAAAUCUCAUUUCUUGUCUUCCUCUUUAAUUCAAACGAAUAUUGUUAAAAAUUCUAAACUUAUAACUUAAGUUAUAAAUCGCGGUUGUUUCUGAUGUUAUUCUAAAAUUGUUGAAUUUGAUAUUUAAUUAUAAAAUUUUAACUUAGAUUAUUUAAAUAACUUAAGAAUACUCAGACCUUAUGACUGAAAUUCUUUGGGAGUCGUGCUCCUUUGCGCUAAGGUAUAAUCUUAAUAAUAUCCCAAAUUAGGCUUAACUUGGCCAGAUCUCGUGUGGUAGUAGGAAGUUUUGCGCGUUCAUUGUCUAUGGCCAACUUUACCGCCGAGAACUAUAGUAUCACUUGAAUAUUCAGGUACCCUGUAUGCGUAUUCUUCAAUAAGUUUGAAACUUGAAUCACAAGCAUGAUUUGACAAUGAAUCAUUUGUAAGAUCAAAAUACGGAUGUAAACUGGAGGAGAACGUAUAACGAUACGGCACCAUUCGAGCGUUUGUGAUUGGUCUAGACCAACACGCGACGUAAUACGUUAUAAUAUUACGUGCAAUUACAGAUUAUUUGGUCAGUCGCUUUACGUUCUCUACUUCAGGUAAUGUGUGAAGGGUAGUAUUAAGCUUUGCAUUUAUAACAGUAUUAUUUUUCUCGCUAUAUCAUCGAAUAUUUUUUCCACUUAGCGUUUAUCAAAUUAGAUAGAAUAUAAUUAUACAAUUUAUUAGUAAAAUAUAUAUGCGUUGAUACGCUCUUUAAUAUUAGAAGCACUAGGCUUUAUGGACAACGAUUCGUUUUAUAGAGGCUAUUUUUACUAGUGAAAUAUUGUGCAACAGUAUUUUUUUUUUAGUCACAGAUAUUUUUGAUCACGAUCUUUAAAAGCAAAAUCUAUGUAUUUAUUUUUUGUACCCGAGAAAGAUGCAUUUAAAUUUAUUGCGUAGCAAACUUUGCGCUGUCGUCAUAUCAUUAAAUUAGGCAAAAUAUAUUUAUCUUAAAUCUUAUUUUAUAGAUUUGUUGAAACUUUUAUAUUGGCUAAACCAUAAAAGUUAAGUUUUUAGAUUAUUGAGAGGCUAUAAAUUGGUAUUAAUAUAAUAACAAUACUAUAUGAUGGUUUCUGCUGAAAAUAAUCUAUAUUCAUUAAUAGCAUAUACUCGUCAAUCAAGAACGUCUUAAACAUUUACAAUUCAACUUUGGUGGUAUCUAGUUCUUAUAGAGUUUUAUUAAAAAAUCAUUUGUAUACACCUAUAAGUAUUACGCCUCUAUAGUAUUGUUAUUUGUUGUAGAUAUAAUAGAUGUACAAAAUAUUUCUUCGAACGAUUUUAGUCAAUUCAGAAUGCUUAAAGGCACUAUUUAUGAGUCAAUUAAUAUUUAUGCAAAUACCCUUCAAAUUCACGUAGAGUAUUUGAACUUCCAUUUUGUGAAUUUUUUGCAUGCUCGAGAUGGUUUUAGUAAGAGUCCUGUUCAAUUUAUUAUGAAAAUGAAUACUUGCCACUAAAUUUUUCAGUCGAAUUGUAAAUACUUUGUAUUUGACGGCCGUAUUUAGUCAAUUUAGAGUAAUUGCUCAAAGACUGAACUAGGCGUGUUUUUUUUUAUUUUUAGACAAAAAUGUACUCUAGGCAAGAGGGGCUGAAUUCUCAAACAUUGUCCUUCCAUCUCGUUUAAUCUUCGUAUUCUCCCGUGUUGUGACCCCGUGUUUGAUGUAUGCAACCCAUGUAAAUACUCAAUAUUUAUUAGUUAUAGAUACGUACGUCCAAAUAUUUCUGACAAUUAUGAAUUUUACCUCAACGCGAACAGAUCCGAGAUUCGGUUCCAAAUAUGUCUACAAUUUCGAGAUUGCGUAAGAAAUUUCUGAGACGCAAUUGAUAUCUGGUGUUUUAAAAAAAUAUUGAAUUUUUUUGAAGUGAAACUUCUUUACGCACGCUUGACUUAGAGUAAAAGCUGGCGAACGCGUGACGUAACCGUUACGAAAAGUGUGAUCGGGGUAGGCGAACGGAAGUUGUGUCUGUAUGUUGAAGUCUGUAUGUAUAUAUAUACAUACAUACAACAUGUCGAUGGAGUGAAAGCAGUUUCACUUCAGUCGUGUGGUCAUAAGCACACUCGUUUUUUUUUUUGAAAUCUUAGAAUUGCAGUUGUAAUUAAUUUUACUAUUCAAGUUUUUUUUUUUUAAUAAAUUUCAUUAUUUUAUUGUUAUAUGCCCAUGAUAAGCUAUGUAUCAGUAGUUCUAUUUGGAACCGAAUUGUUUUUAAUAUAUAGUAAUUACAAAUUGUAAGAUACUCAUUUAUAUCGACAAUAUAUGUGUAGAUUGGUAUUAUCAUUAUAUGGAAGUGACCAAUGUAUGAAUUAUGUAAAAGUUUUAGCUCAAUUUUAUGAUACUCAUUUUCACUAUUAACCGUAUUUAAAAGGAUAAAUUUAUUCAAUUUUAAAAUAAUUAGUUCAUUUUUAUAAGCCGGUAUGUAUUCUCUGAUUUUAUGGCAAAGAUUCUUACGAUAAAUUCAAAAUAUUUUGAUUACGAAUAUCAUUUUGAUAAGUGACUUAGUUUGUGACGUAAGAAAUAAGUGAAGUUUUUUUUUAUUUCUAAUCUGUGGUAAUUCACAUCUCGUAGACCUAAAAUAAAUUCUUAUGAUCAGUAUGAUUUUUUUGUCGGGAAUUAUUUGCAAUUUUAUUUAAGGCCCGUGAAAUAGCUUCAUAAUUGUCACGUGAUAUAUAUUUUUUUUAUUAUUAGUAUUAUUUGCCAUUUCGUACAUUUCAUGGCAGAGUAUGGUUUGUGUGUCGUAAUAAAAUGUAUACUUGUAACCACAAUAAUGUUAGUUAGUGGUUGAUAACUAGUUAUUUAUUACUUGUUGAUUAUGUAAACUGUAUCCAAUAGUAAAAUUGUAAAUUUGAA